UACGGUGAUGGCAGGGAGUGUAACUAAGAAUAUAAAGCUGCUCAGGACCAGGCCAGAGCGUGAGCAAAACAGUUCAGGAAAUUAAGCCUUCUUCUUCUGUGCUUAACUGACAUUUUUUCAUGCAUCUAAUCUCUUUGUCAUCCUAUGCCGACAAUGAACAAGGAAAAAAGCAAGCAGAGUAAAGCAGAAAAUGCUCAGGAAGAGGUUUCAUGGAGCACAGCCCCGACCACUGGAGCAGCUCCUGAGGCUAGUACAGCAGCCAGCCUUUUUGAGGCCCCUAGAAACCUUUUCUCUGCCAUUCUGAGCCGUAACGAAGCUGUCAAAGAUGCAAAGAGACUGAAGGAAUUUCUGGAGCUCAGGGAUAAAUAUGUGCGCAAGAAGGUUCUGUUUAAAGACCCUUUGUUUCCUGCUGACGAAUCGUCUCUAUAUUACACUCAGAAGUUCCCCCUCGACUUGGUCUGGAAGCGGCCGUCAGAAAUUUGUGACAAUCCCCAGUUCAUUAUUGGAGGAGCAAAUAGGACAGAUAUUUGCCAGGGGGACUUGGGAGAUUGCUGGCUGCUGGCUGCCAUUGCUUGCCUGACUCUGAAUGAAACCCUCCUGUACCGAGUAGUUCCUCCAGACCAGAGCUUUACGGAGAACUAUGCCGGCAUUUUCCACUUCCAGUUCUGGCGCUAUGGCGAGUGGGUGGACGUGAUUGUGGACGAUCGACUUCCCACAUGCAACAAACGCUUGGUAUUUACCCGCUCUGUUCAUAAGAACGAGUUCUGGAGUGCUCUUCUGGAGAAGGCCUAUGCCAAACUGCAUGGCUCCUAUGAGGCUCUGAAGGGAGGAAACACCCUGGAGGCCAUGGAGGACUUCACCGGAGGGGUAACAGAAUUCUAUGAAAUCACAGAUGCCCCUAAAGAAAUGUACAACAUCAUGAAGAAGGCUUUGGACAGAGGAUCUCUUAUGGGCUGCUCCAUAGAUGCUUUGGUGCCUACUGCCAAUGAGACCAAAACUGCUACUGGCCUUGUGAAAGGCCAUGCCUACUCAGUCACUGCUGUUGAGCAGGGUAAACAGCAGGACAGUAUGGACACUCGUAUCCGCCUGGUGCGUCUGCGGGACCCAUGGGGCGUGGCCCCUCCCCCCUCCUGCAGGUCUAGUGAAUGGACAAGAAUUGCAAGCUCUGAGCGGGAUAAGAAGAGACUUGAGCCUGUUGAGGCAGGGGAGUUCUGGAUGUGCUUUGAGGAGUUCCAGAAGACCUUCACCAAGCUGGAGAUCUGUAACCUGACCCCAGAUGCGCUGCAGGACGACAAGAUGCUGAAGUGGACCGUGUCGGUGAAUGAGGGACGCUGGGUGAGGGGCUGUUCUGCUGGUGGCUGCCGCAACUACCCAGACACGUUCUGGACGAACCCCCAGUACCGGCUGCGCCUCACCGAGGAGGAUGAUGAGGAGCCAGAGCAUGGUGAGAAGGGCUGCACGGUGGUGGUGGCCCUCAUGCAGAAGGGCAGGAGAAGGGAGAAGUGCACCGGCGCCGUGCUGCACACCAUCGGCUUCGCCAUCUACGAGGUUCCAAAGGAGAUGCAUGGCAACACGCAGCACCUGCCCAAAGACUUCUUCCUGUACACGGCUUCCAAGGCCCGCUGCAGGUCUUACAUCAACAUGCGGGAGGUGACAGAGCGCUUCUGUCUGAGCCCUGGAGAAUACGUCAUCGUGCUGUCCACCUUUGAGCCCCACAAGGAGUCCGACUACAUUCUCAGGGUUUUCUCCGAGAAGAAGAGCACUUCAGAGCUGAUGGGUGCAGUGAUCGAGGCUGAACCCUGCCUGACAGAUACUGAAAAGAAGAAACUUAAGAUAUCCAAACCCUUUGAGGAGGAGGAGAAUGAGGAAGACAAACAGUUCAGGGCCAUCUUUCAGCAGAUUGCUGGAGAUGAUAUGCAGAUUACCGCCAAAGAGCUGAAAAAAAUCCUCAACAAGGAGCUGACCAAACAAAAGGGACUGAGAACAGAAGGCUUUAGUCUGGAUACCUGCAGAAGUAUGAUAGCACUCAUGGAUACCGACGGGACAGGCAGGCUAAACCUGCAAGAGUUCAAGCACCUGUGGAACAAGAUCAAACAGUGGAAGUUAAUCUUCACUCGCUAUGACACAGACAACUCUAGCACCAUCAGCAGCUUUGAGAUGCGUAAUGCUGUUGCAGAUGCAGGAUUUCACCUCAACCCCCAGCUCCAUGACAUCAUCGCGAUGCGUUAUGCCAGCGAGCACUUGUAUUUGGACUUCGACAGCUACAUUUGUUGUUUAGUGCGAUUGGAGGGCAUGUUCAGGGCAUUCAAAGCCUUUGACAAGGAUGGAGAUGGCCUUAUCAAGCUCAAUGUCUUUGAGUGGCUUCAACUGACCUUGUAUGCGUAGGGAGAUGAACGGCUUCAUCACCGUUACAGAACUUGGAACAAACGAUAAUGGACUCAUUAAUGCAUUAGGACUUUUAUAUCAGAGGGCAUUACCAACACUCUCCACUCAGAACGUUUCAGAACUGGAGCCUGGUGAAAACACUGAGACUAGAAUCAGAUUACUGCCAGAUUUCUUUUUAGUUUUAGAUGAUAUAAUAAUUAAAGUACAAUAAUGGUGGCAUUGUUGUUAUAUAUGGUAGUAUCAUACUAUGCUGUAUUUAUUUAUUUUUGCUCUCAUUUGUUACCAUAGGACUGACUCGACUGACUUUUCAGUCAAUACUGAUACUGCAGUUCAAAUAAUUAGUGAAUUAAAUGUAUUUGUUUCUUUAAUAACACCAAUUGACCAAAAGCAUUUUUAAAGGAUUUUAAAAAUGUAGUUUAAAAUAAUUUAACAAAGCUUGAUUGAUUUACCAUAUAUUGAUUCUGUUUACACAAUUCUUACAAAUGUUUUUUUUUUGCAUACAUUAGGAUACCAUUUGCUAACAUCAUGAACCUGUCUGAAUAAAAGUACACAGAAGAGACUUAA